UUUUGAAAAAUCCACCACCGAGAGGACCAAAGUCACAAAUAUUAAAAAAAUUAUAGAACUAUUUUACAACCUAAAAAAAUAAAAAAUAAAAUACAAAAUUACAAAUUCGAAAAUAUAUCUAUGUACAUGCAUAUACAUGUCUUUGUUUUUGAAGUCUAUAUAUAGAAUGGAAGUCUUUUCCUCGUUCAGCAUGCAAGAAUUUACUACACAACAAACUACAAACACAAUCCAUGGCUUCUCUCGCUCUUUCAUGGUCCACCACCUCCACCGCGGGUUUACCAUUACGGCUUGAUUUCUUCAUUAAACCACCAGAUUCGUCAACCCAUACGACACGAACCCGUCCUUCUACGUGGUCGUGCAAAGCCACCAACGGCGGCCAAAAUGAGAAACAGAGUCCUCAAAAUGUUGAAACCUCCCAAGGGAAACUGGAUAGAAGAAAUUUGCUCCUGGGAAUGGGAGGGUUAUAUGGCGCAGCAGUCAAUCUGGUCUCUGAUGGCUCACUAGCUUCGGCCACUCCAAUCACGUCCCCUGAUCUAUCUAAAUGCAGCACCGGCACAAAUCUGAACACUCAGCAGCCCCUGGACGUGAACUGCUGCCCCCCUGUCUCCAAAGAAAUCAUGGACUACACGCUGCCCCCUGUCCGAAAAAUGAGAUUCCGUCCGGCGGCUCACUUGGCCGGCGAGGAUUAUUAUGCUAAGUUUGAGAAAGCUGUCGGGCUCAUGAAGGCUCUUCCGCCCGAGGAUCCCCGGAAUUUUAUGCAACAGGCCAACGUCCACUGCGCUUAUUGCAAUCUUACGUAUCAGCAAACGGGGGACCCCAACUUGAAACUUCAGAUUCACAAUUGCUGGCAUUUUUUCCCCUGGCAUAGAUGGUACUUGUAUUUCUUCGAGAGAAUCUUGGGCAAAUUGAUCGAUGAUCCCACUUUCGGACUGCCAUUCUGGAACUGGGACAACCCUAACGGGAUGAUUAUGCCUGAAGUGUUCGCGAGGAAAGACUCACCGCUGUUUGAUGCGCGGCGCAACAAGAGUCACCUGCCGCCGGCUCUGGCCGAUCUGGCAUACUCCUCCAGGUCCCCCACCAAUCCUAAAAAGAUAAUCCCCAAUAACCUGACAGUCAUGUACAGCGAAAUGGUGCGGAACGUCUCGAAGCUGGAAGACUUUUAUGGAGCCAAGUAUGUGGUCGGAACUGCCCCAGACCCCGGGCCUGGAUCGGUGGAGCGGGGUUCCCACAUGGCGUUGCACGGCUGGAUUGGAGAGAGCACGCCGACCGGGGAGGACAUGGGGAACUUCUACUCAACCGCCCGAGACCCGAUCUUCUACAGCCACCACACGAAUGUCGAUCGCCUCUGGACAGUGUGGCGGGGCCUGAGGGGCCCCAAACCGAAAGACUUCCCCGACUCUGACUGGUUGGAAGCCGACUUCCUGUUCUACGACGAAAAUGCGCAGCUUGUGCGCGUUAAAGUCGUCGACACGCUAGACAACGAGAAAAUGGGGUACGUCUACCAAGACGUGGACCUUCCGUGGUUGAAGAGUAGGCCCCCGGCUCGCGUCAAGAAAUCCAAAGCGGCGUCGUCUUCUGGGGCCCCGGCGGCGGAGACUGUUUUUCCAGUGAAACUUGACAAGGUCGUGAAAGUGCUGGUAAACAGGCCCAAGAAAUCGAGAAGCAAGAAGGAUAAGGAGAAGGAAGAGGAACUGCUGGUGAUAGAAGGGAUAGAGGUGGACAACGCGAAGUUUGUGAAGUUCGACGUUUUCGUGAACGACGAGGAUGACAAACCUGAUGAAUUGGACAAGGCAGAGUACGCAGGAUGCUACUCCCAGGUGCCACACAAGAAUUCGACCAAGGUCAAGACUAAGAUCAGGUUGGGGUUAACAGAGCUGCUGGAGGAUUUGGACGUUGAAGAUGAUGAGAAAAUAUUGGUUUCUUUGGUGCCUAAAGCAGGGGGAGAAGAUAUCAUCAUUGGCGGUAUCAAGAUCAUCUAUGUUUCCUGACGGGAAAUACACUUGUCAUGUAAUUGAUAUAUAGUUAAAGAAAGUGACCAAUUGCAUAGCAAGUGCAUCACAUUUAAUCUCUGAUUGGUUUGGUUCGACCAAACUUAGUCCGAGCUAUAAUUUUUACCUAAGAUCAUUGAUAAAAUGAUAAUUUCUGUAUCGAGAAUCAACUUCUGCCUAUCCCUUUGUUUUUUCCCCCAAUAAUAAGCAAUUUUAGUUCA